CAUCGUUAUCCGUGCUUUCUAUUUCCUUUAUAUAACUCUUGUUACUUUUUUAAAAAAGUAAAUUUUUAACACGGUCUUGAAUUAUCAAACUCUCAUUUACUUUUUUAUCAACAAUUAUUGUUGAGUACCAGUGCUGUUUCGGUCUAAUAACGUUUUAAAGUCUAAUCAGCCAGUUAACGUUUUAUUUCGUCGCAUUUAGUCGCGACCGGCGUUAUUACUCAGUUAAUAAAACCCCUCUUAACAAUCAUGCCGGAAAUAACCUUGAAGAACAUCAAGGAAUUAAUCCAGCCUUCCAUAGGCGAAGAUUUCGAAAUAAUCGAAAAUAAUCAAAAAUUAUUAACGGCCCCCGGCGAACAUUACGGAAGUAUAAUGCUGGCUGUUGAUUUAACAAUAAAAAAAAUUAAAUCCGAAACGAAAGAAUCGUUAAAUUUGGUUGCAAAAAUGAUUCCAGCUAGCGAUAUGUUGAGGGAUUUUUUCGAUGUACAAGUAACGUUUAAAAAGGAAAUAAGUGCUUAUUUAGAUGCAAUUCCCGCAUUAAUUUCGUUCCAAAAAGAAUGCGGAGUUUCUGAAGAUAAAAUUUUAGAUAUUUUCCCAAAAUGUUAUGGUGCGCGAAUUAAUUUAAAUAAUAAUAAUGGGGCUGUUAAUGAUGAUGCAGCUAUUAUCUUAGAAAAUUUAAAAAUACAAGGAUUUGUUACUGGGGAUAGAUUUGUUGGGUUAAAUCUCGAAGAAGCUGAAUUCAUUGUGCAAGAUUUAGCAAGAUUUCAUGCUGUUCCAAUCGCUAUGCAAGUUUUAAAUAAAGACCAAUUCAACAAAAAAGUACUUCCUUGUACCGUUAAAAACGGCUGUUUCGAUAAAGUCCCAGAAGAAGUUGGGAAAGCUUUUUAUAAUAGUUUAUUUGAUGGUGUUAAACAAGUACCUGAAUUAUUACCACUACAAAGCAAAAUCGAAAAAUUAGUUGAAGAAGGUCUUCAAGACCUAAUUAAUCGAUUACCAGUUAAUCCUCUUUUUGGAACAAUUGUUCAUUCAGAUUAUUGGUUAAGUAACACAAUGUUACUUCACGACAUAAAUGGAAAACCAAUUAAAAAUAAAAUCGUCGACCUACAAAUCAUGAACUAUGGAUCAUGCUUAAGAGAUUUGGUUUUUUUCUUAUUCACCAGCGUUGUUAAUGAAGCCUUAGAUGACAAUUACGAGAAAUUAAUCAAUUUAUAUUUUAAAUCGUUCAUGGCAAACUUAAAAGAUUACCAUUUGCCAAACAUUAACGAAUACACCUACGAAGAAUUCAUUAAAGAGAUGGAUUUUAUCGGCCCCAAAGAAUUUUAUCACUGUGGGUUUAUGUUAAAACCGAUUAUGACAGAAAAAGGCAAAGUGGAGAGCUUCGAAAAUUUCCAAUCGAGCGAUUGGUGUAGAACCGAUUUGUUGGGGGAAGCACAUAAAAGAAAAUUAAAGAGUCUCGUUUUUUCUUAUCAAAAAAGGGGGUGGUUAUAAUUUUAAUUAAUUAUGAUUAAAAUAUUUUAAUAUUUUAAGUUUAGAUUUAGAGAGAAAUUGUUAUUUUGCACGGUUUUGUUCAUUUCCACGUUAAAAGUAAUUUAUUAUGUUGUAUAAUUAAACUAAAAAAAAGUAUGAAAUAAAAUUUGCAUUCCUAGAAUUUUAA